AUGCGUAUGCCUCGCGCCGCCAAUUCAGGAAAGCGACAGCAGGGAGCAAGCAACCAGCGUGAUACCAGGCAUGAGAAUGGCCUGGUAGGUCCGGGGAAGCGUGUGGUCAAGCAGAAGAGCCAGAACCAGCUCGAUGGCAUCUCCAAGCCAACCGUUGACGCUGCCUCCGUGCCGCCUCUGCCACUGCAAGUCAACAACAACAACACCACCACCACCACCACCGCUGCCCCGCCCCAUCCCGACGACAUGGCUCCCGAACACCGGACAACCGAGAUGCUCCGCAGGGGCUCGCUAGAUGCCUACUCUGAAUCUUCGUCUGCCGACUCGCUCCCUGCUGCCGUCAGCCUGCCCAUCCCCGACGAGGGUCACCGUCAGAUCAAUGUGAACGAUGCCAAGAAUACAAACGUCCACCGCGACCCCGGCUUGAUGGAGCUCGCCAUCACGGUCCUUCGCGCAUGCCCUCUUCAGGACACCAUUGCUAUCCUCAUCAUUCUCAUGCAGGCUUCACCCGCUGUCUUGGCAACCAUCUAUACUUUGUUUACGCUUCUUACUUUUGUGCCACCCGUAACCACCAGUUCCGGUCUCAGCAUCGCCGAGAUUUUCGACGGCAGCCAAGGAACGCCUUCUCUGACGACCCUGGUUGGAAUGGAUGUGGUCAUGUUGGGCAUCUGGCUCUUCUUAUGGGCACCCAUGCAGCAGUUCAUCUUAGAUCUCGCUCAAGUUGUGAUCGCCUUGACCUUGGGCGGCGGUGGCACUUCGAGGCAAGGCACCACGAGCAAUAUUCUCUUUUGCGUGGCCAUGGUAGGAAUGUCUCAGUGGACACGGCACGCCCGGUGGAGUGGUUUGUCGCGACUGAGCUCGGUGUUGGGUUCCCAUCGCUUCCUGAUGGCUGAUUCAGAUUCAAAUAUGCGUGCAUUCGAGAAGAAGGGCCCUGAUGGGUGGCUUCGAAAUAUUUUGGGUAUUCACAUUCUGACUCAGGGUCUGGUGCGAUACAUCCGGGAAUGGUACCUGCGGAGGGAACGUCGUGAUUUGCAGCUCCAGAGCCUAGCAGACCCCGAAGCCGGAAAGUCCGUUUCUUUUACGGCCGAGGGUUCCUCAGAUGCUGCCCUCAUGGCCGCCGACAGCGAUGCUCACCUACAAACCAGCGCAGGAAAUAUUUCGACCAAGAAACGCAGGAAGCAAAGUGCUCUCGUCCGGAUCAGGCAGCCUCUCUGGGCGGCUCUAGCUAGUACCAAGAUUGUUAUGGUGAAGGAGUAUGAGCUUUCCCACGCCGCCUCGGAAUCAACCAGUUCGAACGCCACCGAUAUCCACAACCUGGGCAAUGCCCCCUUCAACAAGCAGCCUGAGAAGAUCUGGAUCUGCUAUGUGGGUUGCGACGAGGUCUGCUUCAACACCAGUCAUUUCCCUGAUCCAUUGAGCGAAGACGAAGCAUCCGAGGACGAGAGCCAUCCAGGCAUCGAUAUGAGUAAACCGUUCUAUGUCAGGGUCAACAAAGCUAUUUGGCAACCAACCCGAAUGAUGCCAAUCGAAAUCGGCGAGGAGGAAAAGCAACAAGGGACGUGCUGGACAGGCGAUAUCUACGGACUUACGCCGCUCUCCAACUACGAGUGCGAAUUCGUCAGCACUCGUACUGGUGAGGUCAUUUUCUCAACCAGUGUCAGAACCAUUCAGGCCAAGAGCAAGGAUCUCGAAGUAGCAUCCAAAACUACCAACAAUCAACGAUCGCAUGCCCGCCACGACUCGCCCGCCACGACUCUUAGGGCAUCCAUUGCUGCAGCUGAAGCGAAACUGGCCGAUGAAAAGGCCCGUCUCAAGUCUGUAAAAAAGGACAACAACCGAAAGCUGAAUGCCCUGCGAAAAGAGAUCGAGAAGCUGUCCUCAGCUGUACAGUCGGCUGGUGGAGAUGACGAGAAACUAAGACAGAAGGUGGCGCAAAACAAGGUCCAGGAGAAGCGAGCCGAAGAGUCUAUCAAUGAGCUUGACGCGGAGCUCAAGGAGUUGGAGGCAUUGCCCGAGGAGCUGCUGAAUGAGUAUCGGGCCAAGCAAAGUGCCUGGACCUCAGAGAAGGCCCAGUUUGACAAGGCCCGCUCCUCCUUCAAGAGCUGGAAGGCGUCCAUUGACAAGGAGUUGAAGUUGUUGGAAGAGGAAAGGGCUAGCUUACAGGCCAAGCGCAACAAGAUCGCGACACGUAUCGCCAAGGUCGAUGAUGAACAUGCUCGCAUCACGGAUGCCAAUGCUCGGGGGUUGAACGAGGCAGAGCGUCGCCGGCAGGAGCGCGCUGCCCUCGAGGCUGAUAUGGCCCGCACGGAGCAGCAUCUCAGGGAUCGCAUCCAGACGCUUCGUGCUGGUAAUAUCACCAAGCAGGCGCAAAUCCACGACCUGAACACCCAAUUGGAAGUUUACAUGGCAAGCUUUCAAGACGACCUGGCUUACGACACAGGAGCGGUGCCGGGUCAUUUCCAACCCUCUGCACAGUGGGGUCCGCCGCCAGCUCCUGUUCCCUACAACGCUCAUGCCCAUGCGCAUGCUCAACCUCAGCCUAUGUGGCCGCCGACCUCCAUGGCCGGCCCUGCUCCUUCUCUUCUUCCGCCUCCGCACCUGUCUGCGUAUCCCAAUCCGAUCGGACCGGUAGCCAAUCCACCUCACGCCAAGACCAGAGGUCGCUCGUCGUCCAUGUUGAGCGAUGUUUCAGGCUUCACUCAGUCGACGGAGGAGCUUGACCGUGAGUUCAACAGCAAUGUAGGAGUUAUCGGGCACCCCCACGUCCACGCCAACCAUCAUUCCUACGGGACAUCAGGAUCAACGAGCUUGCGAGGCCCACCUGGCUUCCACAUUUCGCGGCAGCGAAGUGACGGCCCCGGCGUUGGAUCAGGCUCGGGGUCUGGGUCUGGAUCCGGCUUCGGCUCCGGCAGCAGUAGCGUGCGGUCGGGGAUGAGUGGUGGAAGCGUCAAGGAAGCCCCCAGCCCUGCGUAA